AGAUAAAGGUGAACGGUUUAUCAGAGACAGCAUCUCACUCUUUCUCUCUGUGUCUCUCUGUUUCUCUCUGAAGGAGAAUCAACAAUCUCAGGUUUUUCUCAACAAACAGCAGAAUCUCUGAUGACACACACUGCUCCUCUUUGUGGAAUGCAGUAAAGCCUGUUCUCUUCCUUCCUGCUCUCAAACAGAGCCAGCUACCCCCUCUCAAGUUCAUUCAGAGAGAUGGACUCUGAAGGCAGCGGGACGAUGGAGGUGGCGGCGCUCGGACGGCCUUUCGGUCUUGGGAUGUUGUACGACUGCCGCAAAGACUCUCUCGUCCCUGGACUGAAUUUGUGGGACCGUGAGAACCUUAAAAAACAUACUGGAGAAAGACCACAGAACUAUAAUGAUUGUGAUAUAGUUGCAUCUGAAUCAAUUGAGGACAAAUCUUCAGCACUAAAUGUUGAAGCAUCACUGAAGGCAAGUUUCUUGUGUGGACUGGUAAAGGUUGAAGGAUCAGCCAAAUACCUGAACGAUAGUAAGACUUCCAAAAAUCAGGCCAGAGUAACUCUGAAGUACCAAGCUACCACAAAGGUCCAAGAACUGUCCAUGAAUCAUCUUGGAAGAGACAAUGUGAUACAGAAAUCUGUCUUUGAUAAAGGAAUAGCAACACAUGUAGUCACAGGUAUCCUUUAUGGCGCACAAGCCUUCUUUGUCUUUGACCGUGAGGUGUCUGUCAACGAGAACCAUCGAGACAUUCAGGGCAACUUGAAGGUGAUGAUCAAGAAAAUCCCCUGCUUUUCAAUAGAUGGUGAAGGCUCGCUGAAAAUGGAAGACAAGGACAAGGCAAAUGUUGAGAAACUGUCCUGCAGAUUCUUUGGAGACUUUUUCGUUCAGAAACCUCCGACAUCCUUUCAGGGUGCAGUAGAGGUGUACCAAACACUGCCAAAGCUGCUGGGAGCCAACGGGGAAAAAGCAGUACCAGUGAAGGUCUGGCUGUUGCCUCUGACAUGUUUAGAUUCUUCUGCCGCUAAACUUGUCCGUCAGAUAAGUAUAGGAUUAGUUGAAGAAUGUCAGAGUGUCGUGGAGGACUUCAGUGACCUGGAAAUGAGGUGCAAUGAUGCACUGAGAAGCCAAACUGCACAGCAGUUCCCACAGAUUGGAAAAAAACUCAAAACCUUUAAACAGAAGUGCUCUGAGUUCAAACUGGAAUUCCAACGAACCCUGGCAAAGAAACUUCCAUCAAUCCGAGGAGGAGGAGAAGAAGAAGCUGUGCUCGCAGAGGAACUGAGGAAGACAUGUUCUUCUCCUUUCAACAGCAAGGACCUGAACGAGUGGAUGGACUGUAAGGAGAGAGAAAUCUCCAUUUUGAAGUCGUACACCAACAGGAUGAAAAACACCCAGAUCGUUCCACGCGAAAAUGAUCUUCAUGAAGAAAUUCUCAAAGCAGAGCACGCUGUGUGUUUUGUCUUCACCUCGCUGGGAAGUGAUGAACCGUACCUCUCAACUUUAUCAAACUACCUUCAACAAACACCCAAACCAGACGAUGCCCAAGAUCCCCCCCCUCCAGAUCAAUGGUACAACUCAAGAGAAGAAAUGGAAGCAAUGCGGCAUAAAGCAAAGCUCUUCAGUGAUUUUGCAGAGGCCAACAAGGAGAACAAGAACAUCACAUUCCUGACGGUGGGUUUAACAAACGAGACACAGAAAGGUGCCAGCAUCUACCUUUAUACAGACGGCCUUUCUGUCAAUGAGAACUUUGAGCCGCCUUCAAAGCCUGCAACAGUAACAGGAAGUGAUUUAAACCACAACAGUGUGACGCUGAAGAUUUCUCCACCCAGAUUUGGAGCAGAGGACAUCACCUCCUACUCUGUUGAGUACUGUGUCAGAGGAGAGGACGGCUGGAAACAAGAGACAGCAUCCAAAGCUGAAGAAGUCACAGUGAGCGACCUGAGUCCUAACACAGAGUACAUGUUCAGAUGCAGGGCACAGACACCAGUAGGUGCCGGGCCAGCCAAUGAAGUCAGUGGAUCCAUUCAAACCUUACCCUGCAGCCCUCCUGGAAAACUCCACGUUGAAUCUACCUCAGGUGAGAUAUCAGUCAGCUGGGAGAAACCUGCUGAGCUCGGACAAGAUGUCCACGUUUUGAGCUACAUCGUGGAGUACGCCAAACCAGACCAACAGGUGAAAGAGGAAGAUCUCCACUGGGAGCAAAUGAUGGCAGGAGCUGAGAAGGCGAUCAUUUCAGGACUUCAGCCAGAGACAGAAUACGCUGUCAGGGUCAGGUGUGAUUGUGGUGCAGCUGGAAGAAGCAAAGAAAGCAUCGCUGUUAAUGUCGGCACUACUAAACAUGCACAUCUUAAAGAAUUCCUCAAAAGUAAAAGCAAGAGGAUCAAUUCUGAAUCUCCCUCAGUUUACAAACUGCCUCUGACAGAAGAAGACAUGGAAGUUGAUGGAUGCCGGAGGUUCAACUUUGGCAAAGAAAGCAUGAGUGAAAAUCGCACAAUAAUGCUUUUCGGAGCAGCUGGAUCUGGAAAGUCCACUCUGAUCAAUGGACUCAUCAACUACAUCGUUGGUGUAGAGUGGGAGGACGAUUUCAGAUUCAAGUUAGUUGUCGAGGAUCAGUCAAGAUCACAAGCUGAGAGCCAGACCUCUGAAGUCACUGUGUACAACAUCAACCACCAAGAGGGCUUUAAAAUCCCUUACUCUCUGACCGUUGUUGAUACUCCAGGUUUUGGAGAUACAGGAGGAAUAAAAAGAGACAAGGAGAUAACAGAACAGCUUCUUAAUCUCUUCUCUUCAAAGCGUGGCAUCAGUGAAAUUGACGCAGUGUGUUUUGUAGCUCAGGCUUCUUCAGCUCGGCUCACACCAACACAGAAGUAUGUGUUUGAUUCUGUGCUCUCAAUCCUUAGCAAAGAUAUGGAAGAGAACCUCCAGGUUCUGGUGACAUUCUCAGACGGCCAACUCCCACCAGUUCUAGAGGCGAUCAAUGCUUCAGGUGUCCCAUGUCCUAAAACAGAAAACGGGCUGCCAGUUCACUUCAAAUUCAAUCAUUCUGCCUUGUUUGCACAGAACCAAUCAUCUGCUGCUGCUGACUCCAGUGAGGAUGAGGAAGAUGGAGGCUUUGAUCAGAUGCUCUGGGAAAUGGGGGCAAGAGGCAUGAAGAGGUUCUUUGUUGCUUUAGCUAAGAUAACAACCAAAAGCUUGACAAUGACAAAGGAAGUCAUCAGAGAAAGAAAGCAGCUCCAGAUCUCAAUGGAACAUUUAAAGAAGCAGGUUAAAGUAGGGUUAGCCAAGCUUGAGGAGAUUAAAGAGACAACUGAACAACUUAAACUGCAUGAAGCAGAGAUCAACAGAAAUAAGGAUUUUAAGAUCCCAAUAGUUUAUACAAAGCCUGUUCAAAUAGACAUAUCUGGCACUGGAAAGUUCUUCACCAACUGUCAGGUGUGUAAUGUCACCUGUCAUUCAGAAUGUCCAUAUGGCAAUGAUGCAGAUAAAAGAAAGAGUCCUGCAAUGGGACCAGAUGGAAACUGUACUCAGUGUAAAGGCAAAUGUCAUUGGAGUAAACAUUUUAACCAGACGUACAGAUGGGAGUAUAAGGAGGUUAAAGAAAUGCAAACAUUGGAUGAUCUGAAAGAAAAGUACCUGAAGGCCUCAGAGGCUAAGGUAACUGUUCAGGAAAGGAUAGACGAAAUGAAGGCUGAAUAUAAGCGUCUUCAGACUGGACUGAUGGAGAUGAUGCAGAGGUCUGAUGAGUGUCUGAACAGACUAGGAGAGAUCGCACUGAAGCCAAAUCCUCUCUCCACUCCAGAGUACAUUGACCUGCUCAUUGAGGGAGAGAAAUCUGAGGCCAAGCCAGGCUGGAAGCAACGAGUCCAGCAGCUGAUGGACAUUAGAGGACAAGCAGAGCUCAUGGGUAAAGUAAAGAGAGGAGAACACCUGCUUCAAAGUCCUGAGCGCCCAGAGGACACCGGUGACAUGUUUAAAAAAAAAUUAGAGAAGGUUGUAAGUUGAACUGAUCAAGGCCCAGGGAAGGAGGAAGCCAGAGGAACAGGGGGGGUGAAGUCAGGAUAUUUUGUGUCUUCGAAAGGCAUUUGUGAUUUGCUGUUGAUUUUUGUUGUUGUGUUAAAAUGCGAAGGCAAAGUAAUAUUUUUCCAGGCAAAGUUAAUGAAACUGAAACAGUUUGAAGCCAAAUCUUUAGAGUACAUUGACCUGCUUAUUGAGGGAGAGAAACCUGAGGCCAAGUCAGGCUGGAAGCAACGAGUCCAGUACCUGAUGGAGAUGAGAGGACAAGCAGAGCUCAUGGGUAAAGUAAGGAGAGGAGAACACCUGCUUCAAAGUGAAGAAUCUUAAUCUGAGGGCAAAAUCAAGACCAGCUCCAACUGAGACCAAGACAAGAGCUGAACAUGAUAUCAAAGAAGAGACGUGUAAAUACACAAUUAAACAAGACAGGAUAGUGAGUGAUACUGAUCAAGAGUCCUUGAUGGCCAACGCAACCAAGUGACGAUGACACAAAUACUCAUGGGUCAUUUAUUUUUAUUUUCUGUUCUUACAAAGUUAUCGUUUAACUGUUUUUUUAAUCAUGAAAGAUUACAUUUUUUAAAGCAAGAUGGUUUGUCUUGAAGAAAUGCUGAAGGAGCAGCCGAGAGAAGCUCCUCCAGAGUCCACAGUGAUCACAAAUCCUUUGGAUCAAAACCAAACCAAGACCAAACAGAUGGCAGCAAGACCAAGAGGAGAUGUAUCAACAAACUGGAAGACGUCUGUGUUUUUAUAUCUGAGAUGAUCUCACCAACCCUGGGACCCAUCUACUUCCUGUUUGGCAUGUGUGUUGCUAUGGACCAGGGGGAGGUGCUGCCCCGUGUGAGGCUGUUUGGAUCAGCGGUUCUGUAGGAAUAUGAGAGAACCCGGUCCACCCAGCGCUGAGGUGGAAUGCAGUUCAAAGUGAAAUGUUGGACUCUUUACUUCACCACUCUACUCUUUACUCUUCUGCAUCGGGUACCUUUACAUUUAUUACUAUAGCUUCAUUGUGAUUAUACUUUUACACACUUUCACCUGUGUGACAUUUUGAAUGCAGGACUUCUACUUGUAACAGUAUCUAUACAAUGUGGUAUUAUAACUAUAACCAAAGUAAAGUAUCUGAAUACUUCUUCCGUCACUGAUACAACACAUGAAGUCCAAAUAGACCCGCACUCAGAGCUCUAGUGUUAAUCAAUGAAUUACAAAGCUUUAUUGUUCUCCUGCACAAACAUCUCCCUGCAGGAGCAAUCUGCAUGUUCUGUUUGACAGGAAGUAACAUGUACCAUGUGCAUGAAAUGUGGAAGUGUGAUUGUUUUGUGCAGAAAUCAUUAACGUCCUGACACCAUCACCACCAAUGGAAAAGAUGAAACCUGCAAGUUUAUUAAAAGUGAUGUUUAUUUUCUAUUAUGAUCAUUUACAAAUAUCAGAUUAUUGCUAAAUGUUUUUUCUGCUCUUCAUGUUAUUUCCUUUGAGAUGUGUAACUCUACGUGAGUUUUGUUAAUGAUGGAUUGUAUUGCUGAGUGUCCUGAAAUGAUACGGUGGCUCCUGCUGGAUGAUGGAGACCUUUCUAAACGUUAAACAAUAACUCAGACUAAUGGAAAGUUUAUUUUAAUCAGAACAACAGAUAUGAGAAUAAGGAGAUUAAAGAAGAUCUAUCAACAGCUGAAAGGAAAAAGUAUAACUUUUAAAUAUUGUAUUUUUCACAAAGUUUGAAUUUAUUUCCAUUGUAAUCGUUUUACUGUGUUGUUGUUUUAACCGGGUUAUCAACUUCCUGCUUAGUUUAACAUUUAAUUUACUAUUAGUUUAAUAUUCUUUGAGUUUUAAAAACAUUAUACCUGAUACUGAUGUGUAUUGAUUAUCAUUUACUGACAGAUGGAGAAAUCAUUCAUUAACAAUAAAUAAAUGUCAUUUUGUCUCAAAUGUU